CUGUUUAAUUAUUUGAUAAGACAAUGACAACUAACAGGAGUACCAGGGAAACUUUAUUAUCACUCAUCGAUGACAUCGAAUUGAUAGCCAAGGAAAUGAUUGAAAACACAAUAGCUCAGAAGCACACAAAAUUAUCAACGCCAGAGCACGCCCAGCUGACGGAGUUGCUCGUCGCCAAGGAUCAGGAAUUGAAAUCAACCCUGAAGCAAUCAGCAGAGCAAGCCCAAAUAAACAUUAAAAUGGACGCCCUGAAGGCUGAGGUGGAGCGACAGGAUCAGGAUAUUCAGCAGCUGCAGCGACAGUUGAAAGAGGCUGAGCAGAUUCUAGCAACGGCUAUUUAUCAAGCCAAACAGAAACUCCAGUCGAUUGCUCGUGCUAAUAAACGACCAGUGCCUUCUGAAGAGCUCAUCAAGUUUGCACACAGGAUCAGUGCAGCAAAUGCUGUUUGUGCACCUCUCACAUGGCAGCAGGGAGACCCCAGGAGACCUUAUCCAACUGAUAUUGAAAUGAGAUUAGGAUAUUUGGGUCGAUUGAGCGAUUUGCCGUUGAAUGGACAGCUUCUAGGGUCUCAUCCAGGUCUCACGUCAGAUCUCCACCGGACAGGACAUUCCACAGAGCCACCAGCAUCAUCAGCGAAUCAAUUCGCGUGGCACCCCUCGGGGGAGAUCCAUAUGUCGAUGGGUGGACAGGGGAGCGUUGCCAUGAACACCCACAAACAGGAGAACGAGGAUGUGGAAGUCAUGUCGACGGAUUCUUCCAGCAGCUCCUCCAGUGACUCACAAUAAUCAUUGAACCCCUUCU